AUGAAUGAUAAUAAGCAACAGCAAAACGCUCAGCAACAACAGCAAGCCCCACAACAGCAGCAAGCUCAAAUACAAAGGCAGCAAGUUGAAAAUCAAAUACAAGUUCAACAAGUUCAAAUAUCUCAAGAUGGCAGUGAUCAAAUGCAUCCCCAGGGAAAUCGGGUUGCGUCAUCGAAUGCGACGAUGAAUCCGACUUCGACGAUGGUAAUGGCCGCUCAACAAACUAUAUUGCCUCAACAAGCAAUGCAAAAUUUGCAGAGUCCUCCUACCAUAGCUCCGAUGCCCACUCAAAGCGGUUGCACGACCAUAACGACGAUGAGCACGGGACCCCCGCAACAAAUGGCGGAUUGGCCUGGGCACGGACGCGUCCAAGUCAUUCAGCAGCCCAUUCAAAAUCCGACUUACAUUCAACCCGUGUAUAACACUCAAGGACAACUGAUAAUGCCGGGAAACAUUGCUUUGCAUCCUGCGAAUAUGAAUCAACCCAUACAGGUUAUAGCCGCUGGAAAAGCAUUUCAAUCCGGGCAAAUGCCGCACAUGCUGACCACUGCUCAAGGAAAGCAAUUAGUUCAAGGGCAAACAACUUCCUUUCCCGGUUAUGCGACCAUUCCAACUUCCGGUAACAAUCAAACAUUAGUCAUUUCUCAAUUGGGUGUUUUAGGACAGACUAAUAUUCUUUCGCAGCAACAGGGAAAACCUCAAGAAAUGCAGAAAAUGAUCACCAAGUCGAAUAAUAAUAAUGCAAAGCAAACGACCAACCAGCAGCAGAACGUAUCGAUCGGUAGUUUGGUCAGUUCUCAACCUCAGGGUAUAACCACUCAAGCUCAAACUAUCAUACAGCCUCAAAUUCUAAGUCCCAUCCAGUAUACCCAGCAACAGAGAGGAGUGCCACAAGUUCCUCAAGGUUCAACUCAAGCCAUGCAAUUUGCUCCUUGGCAAGCGACAUUCGGACCCACGGGAUUGCCUCAAGGUUUGGCUUGGGCUCCCGGUGCGAUACAAAGCUCAGCUUUGUUAGCUCAAGGAAGUCAAAUAUUUAUUAGAAAUCCUCAACACGAGCAGACGGGGAUGUUCAUUCAAAAUACUCAACCCUCAUCUAUUCCACAGCAUAAUCAAAUAGCGGGACAGCAAAUAAACAACGAAGCGGUGGGAAACGUUCAACCCAAGACUGCCAUUCCUAAAACGUUUUCGACCAUACUGCCAAGUUCGAUAGGACAGCAAAAUAUAAGGCCUGCCAGCGUGAGCACGCAAACCGGUCAAACGCAAACGACGGUACACCAAGCGACUUAUCAAUCGCAAAAAGCUCAAGGAACGAAGGUACGAACAAAAAAUGUUUACAGAAUGCCAAGCAUGGCAACUUCGCAAAAGUCGGACGCAGCAAAUCAAACAAAAUCUUCCGCAGGACAAGUUUUACAGCCAAAAAUCGUAGUUUCAAAUGUAGGACAAGAUAAAAUAAUAAAAUCAUUUCAAAAUCAAAUUCCCGAACAACAGCAGGGAGUUCCGCCGCAGCAACAGCCUCUUAAUCAAAUCGAGCAAAUGCAAAACAUGUUGCAUCAACCGAUGGAACAAAAAACACCUUCGGGUCAAAUAAUACUCAGCAAUAACAUGCAAAAUCCUGCCGACCGAAAUGUUAUGCCGGUUGUAUCAAUGCCACCGGGACAAAUGGGUCCAGUAAUGGGAAAUAUGAUUGUUCAAGCUGUACCGGGUAUCACGACCAUGGCAUCAGGUUUGGCACUAUCAGCCGGUCAACAAGUUCAGGGAGUACCCAUUGCUCAACAAGUAUUACCCACGCAACAAAAUUUAAAACAAGAAGGAACGGAAAACAAAACGGACGGGACAGGGGGACCGGAAACGGCAUCAUCCGGACGUCCGAAUGAUGACAACACGUCAGGUUCGGAGGAAUCGAGCGCUGCGACGGGUGUUAAUGUAGCCGCCGGUGUUGCUGCUGCUGCUGCCGCCGCCGCCGCCGCUUCUGGUACCGCACCCGCAGCAGAAGUCAAAGUGGAAAAAACGGGAGGAACCCUCGAGGCGGGUAGUAACAAUGUCGCGUCGGGUGAAGACAAAGAAAACGAAAAGAAAACAAACGAUAAAGAUUCUCUGGGUGGGGUUCAACCCAAAGCAAUGGUCGUGGUUAAACCUCAAGUGUUGACUCACGUCAUUGACGGUUUCGUUAUACAAGAAUCAUCCGAACCUUUUCCAGUCAACAGAGGUUGCAUGGAUGGCCUAUUGAAAAAACUCAACGAAGACGGCGAGCCCCCCAUGAAAAAAUCUCUAUUGGGAAACAAUAACGAAAGUGGAAAAUUUAAAAAGCUCGCGACUUGCGAAACGUGCGGGAAAAAAGAUUUGAAAGCAAAAUUUAAAAAAUCGAAAAGGUUUUGUUCCAUGUCUUGCGCCAAAAGGUUUAACGUGAGCGGAAGUUCGAGAGUUGAUUUAAUAGCCAAAGAGGAAAUAAAAGCGGAUGCCGACGGAGACAUGAUGAACGAAUCGGUUGACGAAAGUUCUUCGUCGCCGGAAGAAGAAAGUAAGGAAAAUGCAAAUUUCACAAACGAAGAUGGCGACAAAGUCAAUCCGUUGCAAUGGACGGUGGCAGACGUGUGCGAAUUCAUUCGAAACUUGCCGGGUUGCGCGGAUUACGUCGAAGAUUUCGCGAUGCAAGACAUCGACGGCGAAGCUUUGAUGCUUCUCAAACCCGAUCAUCUCAUGUCCGUCAUGUCCAUGAAAUUGGGUCCGGCGGUUAAAAUCAUAGCCAAAAUCGACGCCAUUAAAAAUGAAAAUAAUCCAGUUCAACCGAAGCAAUAA